AUGAGCGAUCGACGCGUGAUCGCGCUUGAAGAUGGUUGGGGGAACAUGGAGGAUGGUAUCAUGAAACUUAGACGCAUUCUAGAUCAGGAGGAUGCGGAAUCGUUCACGUCGGAAGAGUACAUGAAUCUUUACACGACGAUUUACAACAUGUGCACGCAGAAGGCGCCGUACGAUUUUUCCGAAGAGUUGUACAAGCGCUACGAGGCCGCGUUUAACCAAUACAUCAACUCAAAGGUUUUACCGGCGCUCGUGGAAAAAAAGGGAGAGUACAUGCUGAGAAGCUUGAUGAGUCGAUGGGAAAAUCACAAGAUAAUGGUUCGCUGGCUGUCUCGGUUCUUCAACUAUCUCGACAGAUACUACGUCCAGCGCCAUCACUACGCGACACUCAAUCAAGUCGGCGUGGGUUGCUUCCGAAGACUGGUGUACGAAGAAAUCAAGCCGAGCAUGAAGACGGCGGUGUUGGCCCUCAUAGACAAAGAGCGAGAAGGAGAAAAAAGUGAUAGAGGUCUCAUCAAGAGCAUCACGUCAAUCUUCGUCGAGAUGGGGUUGGGUACGAUGGACGCAUACCAAAACGAUUUCGAAAACGACUUGCUCACGCACACAUCAUCAUUUUACACUCGCAAGGCGACGCAGUGGAUCGCUGAAGACUCGUGUCCGGCGUAUCUCAUCAAAGCGGAAGAGUGUUUGCAUAGCGAACGCGAACGUGUGCAACAAUACUUGCAUCAGAGCACCGAGUCGAAGUUGAUAUCAAAGGUUGAGCAGCAGCUCCUCGAGCAGUACGAAACUGAGCUGCUGGAAAAGGAGAAUAGCGGUUGCGCAGCGCUCUUGGUUGACGACAAGAAGGAGGACCUAGCCCGCAUGUUCCGUCUCUUUAGCUCGGUACCGAAAGGAUUGGCGCCGAUAGCUCAGAUUUUCAAAACGCACGUUCAAAAAGAAGGGAUGAGCCUGGUGAAUUCCGCCGAACAGGCGGCGGCGGCGAUGAAAGGGAACAAGGAAAAGCCGACGACGUCUACGUCGAUUGAACAGGUCUUUACUCGAAGUGCGAUCGACCUGUACGACAAAUAUAGUGGUUAUGUGAACGAUUGCUUUGGUUCCAACGCACUCUUCAACCGCGCGCUCAAGGAGGCUUUUGAAUACUUCUGCAACAAGGGCAUCGGUGAAAUCUCGACGGCGCAGCUACUCGCAGAUUUUGCGGAUAAGCUGUUGCGAAAGGGUGGGAGCGAAAAGUUGAGCGAUGAGAAGAUGGAAGAGACGCUGGAUAAAGUUGUGAAGCUCUUGGCAUACAUCAGCGAUAAGGAUAUGUUUGGGGAGUUUGCUAGCAAAAGGCUUUCUCGACGCCUGUUGCAAGACACGUCUGCGAGUCAGGAUUAUGAGCGCUCCAUCUUGAGUAAACUCAAGACGUCGUGCGGCGCGCAGUUUACAUCGAAGAUGGAGGGUAUGGUGAAUGAUGUGCAGUCUGCGCGAGACACUCAAGAUGUGUUUGAGAGAUGGGUAGACGAAGACGCUGCUAAUCGCAAGACUUGCAUCGAUUUCAACGUCACCAUCUUGACGCACGGUUUCUGGCCUUCAUGGAAGCCCAUCCAGGUGGAGCUGUGUGACGAGUUCGCGCAGUGUGUGGAAACGUUUCAAACUUUCUAUGAUGCUAAGAUGAGCCAAAGAAAGCUCACGUGGGUGCAUCAACUCGGAGCAGUCGUGCUAAACGUCAAGUACGAAGCCAAGACUAUAGAAAUGCACAUGCAAACGCCCCAAUGCUCUGUUUUGUUGCUCUUUCGGAAUGAAAAAGAGCUGUCGAUGCAAAAGGUCAUAGAAAAGACAAAAAUGCCAGCUGAUGCCGUGAAGCGAGCGCUCUAUUCGCUCUCGUGUGCCAAGUAUAAGAUUCUGAACAAGUCCCCCGAGGGCAAGACGGUGAAUCCCGAAGACGUCUUUUCGUUUAACGAAAAAUUCACCGAUCGUUCGCGACGCAUCAAGAUUGCAUUGCCACCUCCCGAUGAGAGAAAAGCUACGAUUGAGAACGUCGUACAAGAUCGCCGUCAUGCCAUCGAUGCAGCCAUCGUGCGAGUGAUGAAGACUCGCAAGGCGUUGGCAUACAACGAGCUCGUCGUCGAAGUCGUGAACCAACUCCAACAGAGCUUCCUCCCGGAAGCAAAGAUGAUCAAAAUGCGAGUCGAUGACCUCAUCAACAAGGAAUACAUCAUGCGCGACGAAGAAAACUCGCAAGUUUUCAAGUACAUCGCCUAGUUAGUUUACUGCAAAUGAGAGAUACGCGGCGCAACAC